UACGAAUAUGAUCCCGAGGACGACUAUUUGAUGGCGCAGUUGGCGGCUGCCCAGACGCGCAUGCUCGGGCCACGUGUGCUUGAAGCCACAAAGCAAGCUCGCCAGUUUGAGUACUCACCGGUUGCGCCCGACAGGCUAAUGCUGGUCGGUGACAAGCACGGCAGCGUCUAUGUAGUGGAUAUGGUGGAGGACAAACGGGUACUACAAACACUUUGCGCAACAUUUCUAUUGCUGAGGCCUUAGAAAACUAAGUAAGUACGUACACUCACAGCUAUGUAUCUGUGAUGUCUGUCUCUAUCAAUCAAUAAAUUGGAAAAGAUUCCACCACAUGCACAUCAAUAAUGAAGACACCAACGAAUCGUACUAAUGUAUGAGUCAUGAUUCUACUGACGCGAGACCCGGCUGCACUUAACCUAGCAAAAAAAUAAAACUAAAGAUGUUCUUGUCCUUAUCAAAAUCGAUCAGGUUGGCAACACCGUUUUUAUCGAUGCGAAUCCUUUGCUUGGUCUAUCGUGGUUGCAGUUGUUUCCCGGUAGAGCCUUGAUUGGAGCGGCACAUAGUGGGUCGAUCUGUAUGAUCCAGAGGAAUCCAUCCUCUGGUGGCCUGCAGAAACUACAUUUGUAUCAACCCUUCAACCAAUUGAGCUCCUUGUCCGCGAAUGCCACGAACGACUACUUUGUUGCCUCAGGCUUCACCCAUGAACUAGGCGUUUUCGACAUGAACAGGAACUUUCCGAUCAAGGUAUUGCUAAUUCAUGAGGACAUGAACAUGAAUAUGAUCACUACCACAAAAACGAUCAUAAGACUGUUUUACCCUAAGUUGCUUUAUUACUCCAAUUUUCUGGUGCUAUUCCCUCAUUUUCCAAAAAAAUGAAAUUAAAAACCCGUCACAGCUGAUCAACAGUGCGCACGAGCAUUUCAUCAACAUUAGCCGGUUUGCGAACACGCAUCCGCAUUUGAUUGCAACGGCGAGUUUCGACAGCACUUGCAAGCUUUGGGAUCUGCGACAGCAACGCGAUGACCGACCCUGCUGUACUUUGCAUACUGGAGGUCUGAAUGUGAUGUGCGCGUUUUCACCUGACGAUCGGUUCCUUCUCGCUUCUGGGGUGGACACGCGCUUGCUGCAGUACCAGGUUGGCUACCCGGAUGCGCCUGCCAACAAGUUUAGUAAUUUAUUCCGGCGACCUCUCGUGACAUCUCGCUACCGUCGCAGUGUCUACUUCGCGAAUUCAAAGUGCUUUGUCACGGGAGCCACGGACGAAGGUCACGUCAACAUCGUUGGCGUGCAGGGCGAACACUUGGGGCGACUGCAGAUAACUAGCGCGGCGCUGUCUGAGAAGUACUUUCGUAGAGCACCUCCGCC